AUGACUUGCAGAGAUUUAAAAAGUUUAAAUCCUACAGAAAGAAAAUCUUUUUUGGAUUCUUUUGAUGAAGUUUUAUGUGACUGUGAUGGAGUAUUGUGGUUGAUGAAAGAACCCAUACUAGGCUCCCCCAAAGCAGUACAAAAAUUAAGAUCACUAGGCAAAAAAAUCAGAUUUGUUUCAAACAACUGUAUCUACACAUACGAUCAGUUUUACAUGCUCUUGGAGAAAUUAGGUUAUGGAAAUGAAAAAGAUAGUCUUGUCAUACCAACAAUGGCUAUAAUUAACCACCUUAAAAACAUAAAGUUUGAUAGAGAGAUUUUUUUAUUGGGAUCGGCAGGUCUUAGGACUGAAUUAGAAAAUGAAGGAUAUAAAAUGGCGCCAAAAGGACCUGGAUUAACUGAAAUAAAAUUACCGGAGAUAAUAGAAACACUUAAGGAUAAUCCUAAUGUUGGAGCUGUCAUUGUAGAACUUGAUGUAAAUCUUAAUUACAUUAAUCUUAUGUUAGCUUCCAUUUAUUUAAAACGAAAGGAUGUUAUACUUUUAAAUGGAGGAAGUGACAAGAUUUGUCCUUUUAGCAAGGAUCUUAAUUUUAUAGGUCCACAUUACUUCCAAGUCCUUCUUGAAGAAUUUUCUGGGACUAAGGCUCUACAUUUUGCUAAACCAAAAGAACUACUAGCCAAAUAUGCGUGUGAUAAAUAUAAAAUUAAGGAUCCUAAAAGGGUUUUAUUUGUUGGUGAUACAUUGGAACAAGAUAUGAAGUUUGCUAGUGUAAACGGUUUUCAAAAACUAUUAGUAUUUUCUGGAGCUGUCUCCAAAGAAGAAUUAGAAAAAAAUAAGUGUGUAGACUUGAACCCAGAUUAUUGUUUGGACACUUUCGGUUCUAUUGUGGAUAUAGUUAAUAGCACUCAAUAA